AUGGCCGGGGCCGGAGGCCAGCACCCCCCUCCGGGCGCCGCGGGAGGAGCCGCCGCCGGGGCCUGCGCCGCGGUCACCUCCGCCGCUGCCUCGGUGGGGCCCGGAGAGGACUCGUCCGACAGCGAAGCGGAGCAGGAGGGACCACAGAAACUGAUCCGCAAAGUGUCCACCUCUGGCCAGAUCCGGACUAAGACCAGUAUUAAAGAGGGACAACUAUUGAAACAAACCAGCUCUUUCCAAAGGUGGAAAAAGCGAUACUUCAAACUUCGAGGCCGCACCCUUUAUUAUGCAAAGAACUCAAAGUCUCUGAUAUUUGAUGAAGUUGAUCUCUCAGAUGCCAGUGUAGCCGAAGCAAGCACAAAAAAUGCUAACAACAGCUUUACGAUAAUCACGCCCUUCAGACGGCUAAUGCUGUGUGCUGACAAUAGGAAAGAGAUGGAGGAUUGGAUCAGCUGCCUCAAGUCCGUACAGACCAGAGAACCUUAUGAGGUGGCCCAGUUUAAUGUGGAACAUUUCUCAGGGAUGCAUAACUGGUACGCCUGCUCCCAUGCCCGCCCCACCUUCUGUAAUGUGUGCAGAGAGAGUCUCUCUGGAGUCACCUCCCACGGCCUCUCCUGUGAAGUGUGUAAAUUCAAGGCUCACAAAAGGUGUGCAGUGAGAGCCACAAAUAACUGCAAAUGGACGACCCUGGCUUCCAUCGGGAAGGAUGUCAUAGAGGAUGAAGACGGCGUAGCCAUGCCUCACCAGUGGCUCGAGGGCAACUUGCCUGUGAGUGCCAAAUGUAUUCUCUGUGAUAAAACAUGCGGCAGUGUUCUCCGUCUACAAGACUGGAAGUGCCUGUGGUGUAAAGCAAUGGUACACACUGCCUGCAAAGAUUUAUACCAUCCGGUAUGCCCACUUGGCCAAUGUAAAGUAUCUGUUAUUCCUCCAAUUGCACUAAACAGUACUGAUUCUGAUGGUUUCUGUAGAGCCACCUUUUCAUUCUGUGUUAGUCCUCUACUGGUUUUUGUCAAUUCCAAGAGUGGAGAUAAUCAGGGAGUAAAGUUCCUUCGUCGAUUUAAACAGUUGCUAAACCCAGCUCAGGUGUUUGAUUUAAUGAAUGGAGGUCCUUAUUUAGGUUUAAGAUUAUUUCAGAAGUUUGACAACUUCCGGAUUCUUGUGUGUGGAGGAGAUGGAAGUGUAGGUUGGGUUUUGUCAGAAAUUGACAAGCUCAACUUAAUCAAACAGUGUAAAGUGGGAGUAUUGCCUUUGGGUACAGGAAACGACCUUGCUCGGGUCUUGGGCUGGGGAGGUUCAUAUGAUGAUGACACCCAACUUCCACAGAUCCUGGAGAAGCUGGAACGAGCCAGUACCAAAAUGCUGGACAGGUGGAGUAUAAUGACAUAUGAACUCAAAUUGCCAUCCAAAGUUCCUCUACUUCCGGGACCCUCAGGACAAUCUGAAGGGUUUUAUAUGACAGUUUAUGAAGACUCGGUUGCAACUCAUCUUAAAACCAUCCUCAGUACUGAUGAGCACUCCGUGGUCGUAUCUUCUGUGAACAUAUUAUGUGAAACUGUAAAAGACUUCGUUGCCAAAAUUGAGAAGGAAUAUGGAAAAACGUUGGAAAAUUCUGUUGAUGCUGAUACCAUGGCCAGUAAAUGUUCUGUCCUCAAUGAGAAACUUGAACAACUGCUCCAGGCUUUGCAAACAGAAGCCUUUCCCUUACCCCCAGGCGUGAGCCCUGUCAUUGUAGAAGAAGAUCCUGUAGAAUCGUCAAGUGAAGAAUCCUUGUGUGAAAACAAGGAGCAGCUCGCGGAAGACUCUACAUCCUCACAGAAAACCAUGAAACCCACAGAAAUCAUGUUGCGGGCAAACAGUUUAAAGAAAGCUGUGAGGCAAAUCAUUGAACAAGCCGAAAAAGCUACAGAUGAGCAGACUGUUCAUCCCUGUGAAGCAGUGAAUCCACCUCCUGAAUAUGAUUGCACAGAAGUAAUUGACUCUAAAGAAGAGGCUAAAGAUGAUGACGCAAAAGAAUCAUUGCCUGUUAAAACUGCACCUCGGUCUCCAGAUUGUCGGGCAAGCGUUAGCCCUUCCCAAACUGAUUCCUCCAGCUUUGGUUCAACUGUGGCAGCCAGCAAAGAAAGCCUUCCUGUGCUCAAUACCAGAAUCAUUUGUCCAGGUUUAAGAGCAGGACUAGCUGCCUCGAUUGCUGGGAGUUCUAUUAUCAACAAAAUGUUACUAGCAAAUAUUGAUCCUUUUGGUGCAACACCAUUUAUUGACCCAGAUCCAGAUUCAUUAGAUGGAUAUUCAGAAAAAUGUGUCAUGAACAAUUACUUUGGGAUUGGAUUAGAUGCCAAAAUUUCGUUAGAAUUUAAUAAUAAGCGAGAAGAGCACCCUGAAAAAUGCAGGAGCCGGACUAAAAACUUCAUGUGGUAUGGAGUCCUUGGAACCAGGGAGUUACUACAGAGAUCGUACAAGAAUUUAGAACAAAGGGUUCAACUUGAGUGUGAUGGACAAUAUAUUCCUCUUCCAAGUCUGCAAGGCAUAGCAGUGUUAAACAUCCCCAGCUAUGCUGGUGGCACUAAUUUCUGGGGUGGAACUAAAGAGGAUGAUAUAUUUGCAGCACCGUCAUUUGAUGACAAGAUCUUGGAAGUCGUUGCUGUCUUCGAUAGUGUGCAAAUGGCCGUUUCACGGGUCAUUAAGCUACAGCAUCACCGAAUAGCCCAGUGCCGUGCAGUAAAAAUCACUAUAUUUGGUGAUGAGGGACUUCCGGUCCAGGUGGACGGUGAAGCCUGGGUGCAACCUCCAGGGAUUAUCAAAAUUGUGCACAAAAAUCGGGCUCAGAUGCUAACAAGGGAUAGAGCUUUCGAAAGCACUCUGAAAUCUUGGGAGGAUAAGCAGAAAUACGAUUCUGGUAAAUCAGUUAUCCGGACCCAUUUGUACAUUCAUCACGCUGUUGACUUGGCAACAGAAGAGGCGUCGCAGAUGCAGCUGUGCUCCCAGGCAGCCGAGGAGCUCAUUACUAGGAUUUGUGAUGCUGCCACAAUCCACUGCCUUUUGGAGCAAGAACUAGCCCACGCUGUCAAUGCCUGCUCCCAUGCACUGAAUAAAGCCAACCCCAAGUACCCAGAGAGUCUUACCAGAGACAUUGCCGCGGAGAUAGCCGUGAACGUGAAGGCACUGUACAAUGAAACGGAAUCUUUACUAGUUGGCAGAGUUCCUUUGCAGUUGGAAUCGCCACAUGAAGAGCGAGUAUCCGAUGCCUUGCACUCCGUGGAAGUGGAACUACAAAAAUUGACAGAGAUUCCUUGGCUUUAUUACAUCUUCCAUCAAAAUGAGGAUGAGGAGCCUCCAAUGGAUUGCACCAAAAGAAACAACAAGAGCACAGUAUUCCGUAUAGUGCCAAAGUUUAAAAAGGAAAAGGUUCCAAAGCCGAAGACAAGUUCACAACCUGUUCAGAAAUGGGGCACAGAGGAAGUUGCUGCUUGGCUGGAUCUGCUCCAUUUGGGAGAGUACAAAGAGAUCUUCAUCCGCCAUGACAUCAGAGGGGCUGAACUUUUGCACCUGGAAAGGCAAGACCUGAAGGACCUAGGGAUACCGAAAGUGGGUCAUGUGAAGCGAAUUCUUCAGGGAAUUAAAGAGCUUGGGAGCGCUUCCCAGUCUGAGGUGUAA